CACACCCUUUCUCUAUACGAACAACAAUAAUGCACUAUUAUGAUAAGUGAAUUAUGUAUAUACAUUUUUUUUACACAAAAGACAUUCUAAGCCUAGCUGCAGAUUGACAAGACUCUCUCUCUCUCUCUCUCUCUCUCUCUCUCUCCACUGCUUCCUGAUCCCCUUAUCCCUCCCCAGAGGUUUGGUCAUAUCCAUAGAAGUGAAAACUAAAAAGUGAGAGAAACCCAGAUACUGUUUCCAGAUCUUUGAGUUAUGGACAGCCGUCAGCACCAAAAGAUCAGAGAGAAAGUAGUAGACAAGCAGCAUGAAGAUAGGAAGUCAAAAAAAGAAGGAAAAGAAGGCCUAACAGCAGCAGCAAUAUCAAAGCAACAGUCACCAACAUCCCCUGCUAGUGCUACCUCGCCACCUUCAGCAUCCUCCUCUCCAUCUCACGAAUUCUCUUUCACAAUCUCCCUCCACUCAUCCUCCUCAACAGUCCCUGAUAAAACCAAUAAUGCUCCACCUUCAUUUGCAGUUGAUUUGGCUCCUGCAGAUGACAUUUUCUUCCACGGCCACUUGCUUCCUCUCCACCUCCUCUCCCACCUCCCUGUAUCUCCUCGCUCCUCUACCAAUUCCUUGGACAGCUUCACCCUCCCAGCCAGAGACUUUUUAGAUGACCAAAAUCUCAGUAAAGAUAGCAGCAACUACAGCACCAGCAAUAGGACGACCAACAAGAGCGAGGACCUCCAAAGCAGCAAUACCGAGACAAAGGGAAGAAUCAAGUCCAAGUCUUUCUCACUAUUUGGCUUGACAAGAUGGCGAAAAGGGUGUGAAGUAAGAGAGAAGGAAGAUAAGGAGAAGAAGAGGAAGCUGAGGUUCGAUGUGAGUCAUGUUCUGAAGAGGUACGUGAGACUGGUCCGGCCGCUAUUUAUUUUCAGAAGGAGAGGAGAGAAUAUCCAAUUACGUCGCCAGCCUUAUUCGUUUUCAGGUAAUUUAAGAAUGAAAAACAAGCAAUGGUUGAGAGGAAGAAGAGGAGAGUUUUCAGCACCAGCUUCAAUGAGAACUUCUCCAACAAAUAGUGGCCUUCUUGUAGCAACUGCCACUCUUCCUUCUUCUACCAGUGACAGCACAAUGGAAGAGUUGCAGGCUGCAAUUCAAGCAGCAAUUGCUCAUUGCAAGAAUUCAAUUGCAAAGGAAGAAAAAAUCAUAUGCUAUGAUUAGAUUGAUCGAUAUCAGUUAUAAUUAAUAGCAGUACAUUUCUCUUCUCUCUGUAUAAAAAUGGUACAUAAAAAAAAAGUAUAUAUGAGAUGAGUUUGAAAAGGAAGAACAGUUCAAAUUAAGGAUUGUUACAUUCUAGAA